AUGCAAAACGAAAGGUUGUAACAGCUUCUGAGAUCCAAGGGCAGUUCCUACAUCCCCCAAAAUACUUAGGCAGUCUCUCCACUCAACAAACAAAGCCAAAAUUCGAUUAAUCAAUCCAACAAAUAUAUAACUAACUACGCAGUCUAAAAGAUAUAAAAUUAAUCAACUCACAUUGCAAUAACAUCUUCUAGUGAUAGGAGAACCACUCCCACUCCAAGCAGAUCAUCUAUGAAUGUCAUGCCUCAACAUUCCUCCUCAGUCUCCCCUAUUCGCCUGGUGUAAUUGUCAACUGAAAGAGUCCAAAAACCCUAAGAAAUACACGAAGUGCAUCACUUUGAAAGACCCAUUUAAGUAGUCAAUGCUGAAGAUAUGGAAUACAAAUACAAAUUCAAAAUCCAACAAUUGGAAUAUAUGGUCUAUUAAUUGCAGGUCGAGAAUCAAAGAAUCAAAAUUAAUGGCUACAUCGAGUAACCUGCACCUGUUGAAAGCCCUUCUAAAGUUAAUGAAUUAGAAAAAAUCAACAAAAACCUCAGAAUUCUAGAGGAUAAAUAAAGAACAGACAUAAAAUAACUCAAAGAGGAAUUACAACAAUGGAAAGACAGAUACGGUGAGCUUCAGAAACAAUAAUCAAAUCAAAUUGGAUUCAAUGAAGAAUUGCGAUAAUUGAAAAAGUCAAUUUUGUAAUUUGAGGAUGAGAAUAAGGAUUUGCAAAUGCAUCUUAGAGACAAGGAUCAGGAAAUCUUGAAAUUAAGGUCCAUCUUAAAUGAAAAGGAUGACAUAAUUGAUCAACUCAAUGAUCAAAUCUAAGAGCUUUAGGUCUUUCAGGAGAAUUAUAGUCGAGUUGAAACCACGCUGGUAUCUCUGUAAGGUGAGGUUGACGUUUGGAGGAAGAAGUUCAAAGAAAAGAAUGAGGAAGCUUCGGAGUUGAGUGAAAAACUCAUCAUGGCUGAAACAUCCUUAGAGGCCAUGAAGAAGAGACAAACCACUUAAGUCAAAGAAGUUAAUAUUAGCAAAUCUAAUAAUCACAAUAUUGGGAUUACUAUGACCCAAUCCAUCGACAUGCCAGGCAGUACUCACAAUUCUAACAAAUAAUAAAGUUGA